UCCGGAGCAGGAGCAGAAGAAAACAGAUCCAGCUGCGCAACGCGGAAACGUUAACACCAUCUGAAACGCGUCCUGAAUCCACGAGAAGCUGCCACGGUCAGCUCCACCCUCACAGAACAACGCCCACUAACAGAGACCUUAAGAAACUCACUCACAUCUCCACCCGCCAGACGACCAGACGCCGCCCGGGAGUCAGUCUGCUUCUGCUCAUCAUGCGUCCACACAGGUCAGUGAGUAUGUUGGGGGCACUGCUGGUUCUGCUGGCAGCCUGUCAACAAUGUGUCUCAGCUCAUAGUGACACUCUGGCUCCACCGGAGGUCUCGCAGUACAAUGGCACUCUGUAUGCAGCCUGCAAAGUGAGACCCAGCUCCUCGCUGGCUCAGGGUCUGCCCAAAGUGUACGGCCAGGUGCUGUUCAAGCAGGAUUAUCCUCAGGGCAAACUCCAAGUCCUUCUGCGGGUCAGUGGCUUCCCCGUGGCCGGUGGUCCGGUGCUCAGAGCGGUGCACAUCCAUCAGUUCGGAGACCUGAGCACGGGGUGUGACUCCACCGGUGGCCACUACAAUCCACAUAAUGAAAAUCACCCCAACCACCCCGGAGACUUUGGCAACUUCGACACCCAGCAAGGGAAAAUCAACGCGAUGAUUGAAUCCGAGGCGACGCUGUUCGGAGCGGUGUCUGCGAUCGGCAGAGCCGUGGUGGUCCAUGAGAAGAUGGAUGACCUGGGGCUCGGCGGAGACCCCGCGAGCCUGCUGAAUGGAAACGCGGGGGGGAGGCUCGGCUGCUGCAUCAUCGGCAUUUCCUCCCCCGAUCUCUGGAACACGCAAUACAAGCAGUACACCCGUCGGCCGAGGAGGAGUUAGUGUGUCGGCGGGGGUGGAAGCUGCAGAUUCUCCCUUUAUAUUCAUUCAUUAUGUCCUCUGUGCUCUUAAACCAACAGCAAUCAGCGGCUUUCUCCCAAAGUUCAGCAGCUGAAGGGGUGGAAAGUCGCCGGCAGAGCUGCUUUAGGCCAAUUUCAACAGGUUUCUCAAAGUUGACACUAUCAGCCUCUGUUGAACUUUGUCUUUAGUGGCAAUUAGCAAAUGCUAACAUCAUUAUUAACAUCACGCCUGCUGCAUUAGCAUGUUAGCAUUGUCACUGCACAAAUAAAAUGUGCAGCCCAGACAGGCUUUUAAAACUGCAAACAGAUGAACCAUCUGUGAAGUUGGAUCUUAUCUUAUCUUAUCUCAUCCUGUUGUUUUUCCAAGCUUUAGAAACACGGGGAGAAAAUUCUGUCAGCGCCAGAGCCCCAAAACAUUUCUGCAUUUUCAUUAAAUAUCAAUGUUAUUCAUCAUAAAAAGGAAGAAAAUGUGACUCUUUCUCAACUUGCUUUUUUUAAAUCUGUCUUAAACUGUCAGAGGACAGCUUCCUGUAGUCAAACAUGCAAAUAAAGACGUUUUUCUCCCGCUUCA